AUGCUGAGAAUCUCCAAAUACUCUUCAAAUCUUCUCCCAAUAAUAGGAACCAUUGCGUACGCUUUUUCAGAGCCAGAUGACGUUCAGAAGAAGAUAAUUAUAGAUGAGAAAUACUCCUCAAUCUCCACCUGGCUCUCCGAAAUCCCCGGAGUCGCUAUAUAUGAUAUUGACAUUUCUCGUAAUCCUGCAUUCUUCUUUCUUACAUUUGGAAUAAUGUUCGGUACUUUGAUGUUGUCUGCAUGUUAUACUAUACUCUAUGGACAGUUGUAUGUGAUGCUGAAAUCUAUCAAGUCAAAAAUAUCAAACAAAACUUUUAAGAAACAUUCGGUAGCGGUUGUUAGUACGGUCAUGCAGAAUCUGGUUUUUGUUCUCUUUUUUCUCUUCCCUAUCUUUCUAUUGGCCAUUGUUAUUUACUCUGGAAAAGAUGCUUCUGCUGCCUGCAUAAUUAUGGUCGGUGUUAUUUCCUUUCAUUCUUCCGUCAACACUCUAGUUAUGUGUUUCACAUUUCCAGCAUUUCGUCAUGCAAUUCUAUCAGUUCCUUGUAGACUUUGCAACAAUCAAAGUAGAAGUAUAACAAUCGUCCCACCAGUCAACAACGUGAGCGUUACCGUUCAAAGAGCAAAAAUAUAA